UCGACUUAUACUUGUACAACGUGUUUGUUGACAAAUUUUCAAGUAAAUAAUAAAAUUAAAUUUUAGGCUUAAAAUAAAGGACUAAUAAUGCCGAAAAUUAAAUCAAAUGCUGGUUGCUUCGUCAGAAAUCCAAAUUUUGUAAAACCUGAAAGUGAUGAGGAUGAAAAUGAUUCCGAUUCUGGUGUCAGCACAGAUGUUCCAAUAGAAAAGAAGAAACCAGUCGAAAAAAGAAAAAAUAAAGUUAAAGAUGGAAACAAAGCAAAGAAAAUGAAGUCUGAUAAGUUGACACUCGAUGAAAUUAACGAAAUCCGAGAAACUGAAGAUCUUUACCAUUCAAACUUAUUCCGUAUGCAGAUUGAUGAAACGUUAAAGGAAGUAAGUUUGAAGAAUAAAGAAAAGGAGUUCAUUACAAAGUGGAUAGCGACGUUGAGAAAGUUUUUGAAUAAGCUUCACUCAGAGGAUUUAACUCACCUUUUAAAAUCGAAAGAUUAUCCAUUAAAGUUCAAGCCAAUGGAAGACGAGAAAAAACUUCAAAUUGAUUAUCAUCCUCCGAAAUCCUUGGAUGUAUAUGGAUCUUUCUCAAUAGACACAAACAUAGGAAACAAAUCAAUUGUUGAUGUUUUGUUAGUUAUGCCAAAUUCAAGUCUUAAGCAUCACGAUUAUUUGAAUCAAACUUUCAUCCACAAGAAAUGUCUUUACUUACUCCACAUUGCGAUGAAAUUGAGGGAGAAGGAAACACUCGGUGGUAAUAUAAGAAUCGAAAACUUUAAAAACGAUCCUUUGAAGCCGGUUUUAAUGAUUGACGCUGAAGAUUUCAACAUUGCCAUCAAUGCAGUUCCACCAGAAGAUUUCUUCAAAUUAAAUCGCUUCAUUCCCAAGACCAACAACAUUAAACUCAAAAAAGGAGAAGAAUCUGUUGUUCCAACGCCUCAUUAUAACUUUGAAAUUCUCUUUGAUUGUGUCAUUGAAAAGAAUCAGAAAAUGAUUGCAAAUGAAAUUGGAAGUCAUGAAAAUGUUAAAAACGCGAUAAAACUUUUGAAAAUUUGGACCCAUCAACGACAAUUCGAUUCAGGUUUUCAUCCAUUUAAUGGCUUCAUUAUAACUUGUUAUCUUCUUCAUCUACUGAGAGUUAAGAAAAUUUACCCCACGAUGAGUUGUUAUCAAAUAAUUCGUUUGUUUUGGAAUCAAUUUGGACAAUCAAAGUUUGAUGAAUUUGGAAUUUCACUUUGCAGUGAUAAAAAUCUUCCUAAUCAACCAGAAAUUCAAGAUUUCUUCAACUUUUAUGACAUGGUUCUGAUUGAUUCUUCUGGUUAUUGCAACAUUCUCUCAAUGUUGUCAGUUGAUUUAUAUCGAAGAGUUCGAAGUGAAAGUUUGAAUGCAAUCAAAAUGUUGGACAAUAAAUCAAUCAACAGUUUCCAUCAACUCUUCAUGACGACAAUUCCUUUCUACAUUCAAUUUGAUCAAAUUGUUGUCAUUAAAUACGACGAAAAAUCUUAUCAUAAUAUCAUUGAACGAAAAGCUUCGAGUGAUGAGAAAAUCGAUUUUCACAAUUUUUCCUUCCCAUUGAUAAGAAAACUUGUGAUGUCAGUGAUGAGGCGCGGUCUUGGUGAUCGUGUCAACUUCCUCGUCCCACUCUCAGAUGAAAGAAGCAACGAACUAAGCAUUGGAAUGAUUCUCAAUCCAGAAAAUGCUUUGAACAUUGUCGAAAAAGGUCCGCAAGCAAAUGAACCAGAAGCUGAAGGAUUUCGAAAGUUUUGGGGUGCAAAAGCUGAAAUUCGACGAUUUAAAGAUGGAUCGAUAACGGAAUCAGUGUUGUGGUGUUCAGCAAAUGCGCCGUUUGGUGAAAAACGUUUGAUUUCACAUAAAAUUGUCGCUUUUCUUCUCAGCCAUCAUUUCAACAUCAUCAGCAAUAAAAUUAACUUCAUUGGCGAUCAAUUUGAUGUUGUCAUCAAAAAUAUCUUCAACGAAAUGAUUGAAACUAUUGAAGAACGAUCGUUAAUCGCGAUUAGAUCGUUUGAUGAAGUGAGUAAAGAGCUUCGUUCAUUGAAUGAUCUUCCAUUGGAGAUUGUGAGCGUUCUUGGCACUGACGCAAUCUUCCGCUAUGCUGACGUGACACCACCAAGAGCCAACGCUUACAUUGGAAAUAAAAAACAGAAAUUGAAGACAAAUUUCCGUGCACAGAAAGUUCUCAAUGGAAUUAUUCAAUUGUCACCAAGUGGCAAAUGGCCCGACGAUACAGACGCGAUGCGUCGAAUUAAAGCAGCUUUUUACAUCGAGAUUGAGAAGAGAAUGUCAAGUGAAUUUCCAAAGACGAAAGUUCAUAUCAGCAGUGAUUUUAUUGACAUAUUGAAGAACAAACUCGUUUAUCGAUUGAAAAUUGUUCAUCCGAAGGAAAUUGCAUUGGCGAAGGAAGAAAUUUCCAAGACGAAUAAUCUGACGAAAUUAUAUCGAACGAAUGAAGAAAGUCUGCGAUUAGAAGUUGAAGGAACGAUUCUUCCAAAGUUGACAAGUUCACUUCAUGGACUUCAUCAUCAAUGUCCAAGUUUUGGACCAACAGCAGCGAUGGCUAAGCGUUGGUUGUAUUCACAAAUGAUUGAUUCGUUUCUAUGGCCUGACGAAGUUACAGAAUUGAUCGUCGCUUAUAUGAUGCUGAAGAAUAUUCCAAUGUCAAAUUCACUGCAACCACAAACAGGCUUCUUUAGAUUUCUUCAUCAAAUUGCAAACUUUAAUCAUGAAACUGACAUGAUUGUCGUAAAUUUCAAUGACGAAUUGCAAGAUGAACAACUUGAAGAAAUUGAAAGAAAGUUUCAAAAAAAUCGAAACCAUUUUCCAUCUCUAUUCAUUGUUACAUCGUGUGACUUUCAGAAUUAUGCUAUUUGGACAUCAAAAGCUCCUUCAGUGAAUAUUCUUCAUCGAGUGAAACUUCUUGCUCAACAUUCGAUUAAAUUGAUUGAGGAAAGCUUCAUGAAAUUGAACACAGGAGUGGUGAAAGAUAUUUUCACACCAUCACUUGUUGGAUAUGAUUUGUUAAUUGAUCUUAAUCAAGAGUUUGUGAAAAGACAUGACGUCGUUCUCCAUAAUUUCACGAACUUCAAAGCCAUCAAAUAUGAAGAGAAAGGUGCGCCACCUGCCGGGGUAAAUUUCGUCGAGAAAUUCUUGAAUGAAGUUCGUGAAGCUUACGACGAUUUUGCUGUUUUCUUCUACAAUCCAAUCGGUGGAUCAAAGAUUGCGAUGCUUUGGAAGCCUUCAGUUCAUGAAACGAGAGAGUUUUCAGCUUCACAAGUCAAUGGAUGUAAAUUGGUAAAUGGAAGACUUCGUGUUAAUGUUGAAGCGAUCAUCAAAGAUAUUGAAAUUAUUGGACAAGGAUUAAUAACAACAGUUGAAAUAUUAAAUGAAAUCUAA